AUGGCACUAACUGUAGAGGCCAACGCUACCGAGGUGCAAAUCGCUAAUGAUGCAGAGGAUGAACAUGUGCGGGAUUCCCUUGACUUGUGUUCUUUGAAAUGGACUGUUGGUGAAAAAUGGUGGGAUCGUUCGAACUACGUGGGAGCCCUUGUCUUCAACGUCUGCGCCUUUUUCCUCCCAGCACUGUAUAGCACCCUUCUCAAGCUCUGGGUUGCCAAUAUCGACUCUUCGCUAGUCGUGACAACCGAUAUCUAUACGUAUAUUGGAGCAAUCGCAGAGAUAUUCAAUGAAGGUCUACCCCGUGCGGUCUUCCUUGGAACCAUUUUGAGCCUGGUCUUCGCAGGUGCAGCAGACUCAUUCGCUGCGACUUUUGUCCCGCAUGAAGUUCAGAAGGCCAGUAAAACAUAUGUCCGGAUUAGUGCCUUUUCAGCUUUGAGCUCUGCCCUCGAAGUUGCAGUUGCAAGUGCCACGAGAGCCCUGGAUAAGCCAGAUGUUCCUCUUAUGAUCAACUCUGUCAAAGUGACUGUGAAUAUUCUGCUCGACUUACUGAUUAUUUCUAAAUUCCAUAUUGGCCACUGGACUGCGACUAUCAACAUCCAGGCUGCAAUCCGUCUAAGUUGCGAUAUGCUCGCUGCUAAUUCCGGUUUGCUUUACUUCAUCUCCACAACCAGCAUGAGGAAGGGCCAACGUCACUUUCACUGGCGCUGGAUUGGUGAGGUGCCUACCUUGCAAGGGUUUAUUAUCCUUCUAAAGCCGGGAUUUAUCACGUUCAUCGAGUCAGCGAUUCGGAAUGCUCUAUAUCUCUGGCUUAUAGCAGGGAUUGUCUCUAUGUCAGCAGAUUAUGCCACUGCAUGGGGUGUCUUCAACACCAUUCGAUGGGGGCUGAUAAUGGUGCCGGUGCAGGCUUUGGAGGCUACAGCAUUGGCCUUUGUAGGACAUGCUUGGGGAGAAUCGAAGCAGUUGAGAGACGAGGACCGUUGGUCCCGGAGGCAACUCUAUGGCAUGUUCUUCAUUCUAAAUACCUCUUUUCUGAUGCAUUAA